AAUUACAUUUUCACGACGGUCCCUUGGGAGAUAGCACGCCACGUACGUCGUUGUAGGCGUCCUUUUACUUUCAGGAAAGUCGCUGGCGAGAAAACAAGAAGGCGGUUGGUAGUCUAGCUAUCUGUGUGUUACAAGGAAGAUCCGUGGCUAAAUCAACGGCUGCUUGUCUUGUGACCUGUACCGAAGUUGAGCGACAGAGAUGGAGGAGACCGGGGGAGUUGGUGGCGCUAGUGCGUACGGAGCUUCGCUCGCAGGCGGUGGCUUCGACUUUCACAAGUUUGCUAAACAACCGCACACUAUCGUGCGCUUCUUGAGUUGGAUUUUUUCCAUCGUGGUCUUCUCCUGCAUCACGGCGGAGGGAUUUGUCAACAAAUCGCACAGCCCCGACGCGCAUUGCGUCUUCAACCAGAAUGACUCGGCGUGUCACUACGCUGUGGGCAUCGGUGUCAUAGCCUUCCUGGCCUGUUUUUUCUUCCUCUUAUUGGACGCCUACAUGCCGCUGAUGAGCAACGCAAAGGAGAGGAAGUACGCUGUCAUGGCCGACCUGGGAUUCUCAGUUGUGUGGACGUUCCUGUGGUUCGUGUGUUUCUGCCUCCUGACUAGCCAAUGGAGUCGUACGAUUGAUGUCAGAGGAAUCCCCCAGGACGCCGCCCGCUCCGCCAUUGCCUUCUCUUUCUUCUCUAUCGCCACCUGGGGAAUCCUAACCUACUUCGCUUUGGGGAGAUAUCGCCGUGGUGUUACCGACGUCACCCAGAGCAUCUAUGCCGAGUCUCCGCCAGAGCAGCACACCCCUUACCCCCCGACCUACGCCCCCUCGGCCUACACCCCCACCACCUACUCCCCGUACCCUUCCAGCGCGCCAGACGACUUCCAACAACCCCCCUUCACGCCUAGCACCACCACCACCACCCAACCCCAGGGGGAAUACCAACCCCCUAACUACUGAGGGGCUCCGCGGUGAAGUUUCCCCUAGGUACAGGUCUAGGAUCAGCUUCACUUCCCCCAUUCCUAACCUUAACCAUUAGUGGGGGGGAAUGUUAAACUGACCCCAGAUCAGCGUCUAGGCCAAGGGGCAAUUUCACCAUUCUAUUACUGGGGUAGAAUUCUGGAGAAAGGAAGUGGAAGCUCCUUAUCACCAGACCUGGGUUCAAAUACUAUUUCAAAUAUUUGUUUUGCUUUUGUCUGUCUGGAGUGCAAGGUGGGGGGGGGUUCACUCUGCCAACGUUUAUAUUGGAACAGGGAAACUGGAUGAAAGCACAGACCGAUACAAGUAUUUGAAAUGGUUUUAAAUAGUGUUUGAACACAGGUCUGCGUACUACUAAUUCAGUGGAUGAUGUGGUUAAAAGGAGACUUCUACCCUGAGACAGGGGCGCAGCUGAGCGGGAGGGGCAAAAGUCCGGUCCUGGUCACGUGACACUGGAGCUCACAUGAUUUGGGAUAUGCAAAAAACAGCCAAUGAGAGCUCUCGUGGGAGGGGCAAGUGCUUGCUUUAGCUAAUCAGUGUGCUUGUCUCCCCCCUCUCUGUUCAGAACUCUAGUCCCCUGCUUCUGUGUUCCAGAAGGAAGGAGAAUGUGUGUCUGUCAGAGGAGGCUGGUGGGAGGAAGAUAUAGGAGGACCUGCUCAUUGUAAUGGCUGGGAUGGAAUGGUAUCAAAUAUGGAAACCACAUGUUUGACUCGGUUCCAUUUAUUUCAUUCCAGCCAUUAGUGAGCCGAUCCUCCGAUAUCUUCCUCCCACCAGCCUCCUCUGGUGUCUGUACAUACUAGAUAUUCAUAGUUGAAACGCCAAUUCUUUGAAUGGCUGUAGUGUCUUUU